AUGGGCAUGCGGUCCUGCACGGGGUUGCCCCGGGUCAUGCUAGCUCGCCCUGUGGCUGCCGGGGCUAAGGAGGUGUCCUCCUUCCUGGCUUUCACCGGCGAGGCUGCAGGGGGCGGGAGCGGUGCUGGACGAGCGGGGCGGCGGCCCUGUGUGCAAUGGGUGGAUUGGCGGCUGAUGUGGCUGCGAGGGCGGCAUGGCUGGACCGGGGAGCUCGCGAUGCCGCGGCCGACCGCUCGGCCUCCCUCCCGUGUGGCGGUUGGCGGCGCCCGAGGAGCUCUUCCCCGCCAGCCGCCCGACAUCCCAACCCUCUGCCCGCUGCAGCACCGAGGGAAACAAGAAACACCGCUCGCGAGGUUCGACCUAUACCCCAAAGAAGGCCAGAGGUGCUCGGCCACCGUGGCCGCCGGGUACUCAGAUCCAAGCGAAUCGGGAUCGCAGGUCUGGACCCCUGCCCCAACUCGCGCACGUUGCGGCGGCCAGGGAGGCCACCCAGCUCACGCCUCGCCCUGCUCCAUCCCUGAAGGCCUCGCCACCGCGCUCCGCCCCGCCGUGGUUGCGAGCCAACGCGUGCUCGGCCCUGAUCCCGCUCGCCGAGCCGCGCCGCCUGGGCCGCCGUGCAUGCCCUCCGCCGGAGUCGCCGCCGCCCCGAGUGCGCCCAGCACACAGAGCCACCACGCCGCCACGCCCUGCCAGCGGCCGUGCCCUUCGCGACGACCGCUCAAGGCCGAAGUAGACACCGCGAGGAGGGGGAGAGGUGCCCCGCCGCCCGCCGCUGGCGCCCCGGAGCUUCGCCCGGCGGCGGCCGGCGGCAGCGAGCGGGGAAGGGGGGGGAAGAGCUCAGGCGGCGGCGAGGGUACUUCGCCCGGACUCGCGGGAGCCCAGGGACGUAAACGUUUUGGCCCUUUUGGCCGAUGA